ACCGCACCUUCUGCUUACUUACACGGGUUAAUUGAGAACUCUUAUCCCUACGAACAUGGCCGAUUCAGAAUCAACCACUGGUGCAAGCAAUAAUGAACGCCUUCUGGCAGCUGCUCGGGAGGAUAAUGAGGAUCUACUGCUCGAGAUAUUCGAAGACGGCGAUUUUGAUAUCAACUACACGGACGGCCUAGGGAACACUGCACUUCACUAUGCAGCAUCACAUGGUAGUGUUGAGGUGUUGGAACAUAUCCUAUCACACGAGGAAUGCGAUGUCGAUCCUAUAAACCGUCUAGAAGGCGCUACUCCUCUCCAUCUAGCCCUCCAACUCAAGGAUCCCGAGCUGAGGAAACACAUUAUAGAAAGCCUGUUGGAGGCUGGCGCAGACACGCAGAUAAAGGAUAAGAACGGUGAAACUGUUAUGGACCUACUGUCUCCAUCAGAUGUAGAGAUCCUUCAGUCGAUUAGGAAGGCACAGGCACAAGCGAGUGUUUCUUUGGAAGACGUUGCCAGUGAUUCCGAAGGAGAGCCCGGCUCUGGGUCAGGAUCGGAUGAAGAUUAAGUUACUAUGUGUGCCUUGUUCAGUAAUCUAGAAGAAUCGGAUACAAGACGUACAAAGACGUCGCGGGACUUGUAUACUACACUCAAUUUUGGAUCAGCAUUCACUUCUACAGUUUGUGAUAUCGAGGAAUGGGAAAUAAUAUGGAGCAGCUUCAGGAAGAUCUAUACAAUGCAGUGGAUGGGGUUAUAUACAGUGAUCAUACAUCUAUAAGCUUCCCGUUGUGCCACUCCUUGAACGCAGUUGUGUUCUUCAACCAGUCAAUCAACUCGGCUCGUUUGACUUUC